CGCCGACCAGCCACGGGACGUCGCGGACCUUUGGUACAAAACAUCACCGCCCAUCUUGUGAUGUUCUCUUGAUCCGUAUCACAUUCUGGGGUAUCUGUAACCCGCGAAAGUCUUCGGGAGUUACAGCCGACCUCGAUAAUUUUGCUUUAAUAGGCCCUCUGUCCUCUACAAGCCCCAAUCUUCUCUACCUUUGACGAUCCAUUGGAAAGAACCACCACCAUGGAACAAAAAGCCUCUCCAAAACUUCACCUCAAGACGAGGGAGGACUGGGAGAGAUACCGGCCGGUAUUUACCCAACUAUACAUGGAUCAAGACUUUGCUUUGCCCAAAGUGAGGUCUAUAAUGGAAGACCAGUACAAUGUUUACGCAAGCAUAAAAAUCUUCAAGAACAAGAUCAAGGAAUGGGGCUUGCGUAAAUAUCUUAAGGGAGACGAAGCCCAACAGAUCGUCAACGGCGAGCUUCCGGUCAGCAAAGCAAUACGUACAACCGUGGAUCCGAACGAGACUUUGAGGCGAGCCGCACGCUCUGUAAGGCGGCGACGAGCUCGUCAGAAGGCUCGUGCAAGGGAUAGAGGGUCGUCUGAGGUGUCCGAUGCAUCAAGUCCGCCCGUACUGACAUUGUCACCGGUGGAGGCAUCGGACAGCAUGGUUUCAUGGAGCCCGACGGAAGCAUCAGAUAGCUUGGUCCCGUGGAGUCCAGCAGAUUCGAGCAUCUUAUCAUCACCCAUCACCAUCGAAAGCAUUCGUCUUCCAGCAGGUAUGACGGAACAAUUUUUGUUCAACCUUCGAGCCUGGACACACGAGGCAUGCUCUCGGGGGGUAUGGGACAAGCAAGUCUCUGCUCAACAUCAAAGUGGACGUCGAGCAUCACGGUUACUCUCAUCAUACCUUACCUCUGGAAUCACCCUUUUCGAGAGUGGAAAGCAGCAGCUGGCCUUUGGCCAUUGGGAUCAAGCAUUUGCCGGCUUUCAAAGCGCUAACCUCUUCACAUCCUGGUACCACGAUAUCCCAAUGCGUCUCCUCUUCGAGGUUGGCCGAGUGGCACAAAGCGGGCAUAAGCCGCUCGCCGCCAUACUUUUGAAAAGCAUCAGGAGUUGGGCCACUAAUUUUCUCGACGAAAAUGACUGCCGACGAGCGCUGUUUGUGGCGUUUGGCGGGCUGGAAGUCGACCAGCUGAGAGACUUGUAUAGUCGUGCGGCUAAAUGCAUGUACAAUGGUCUGGAGUCUCGAGUUGACAAGCAAAACCAAUUGCUGUACGAGGUUCGUCUGAACAGAGCGUUGGAUAUGCUGUGGUAUGAUGCAGAUACGGACUUGUCAGAGUGGCUUCCACCUAUUGAAGAGGUUGACCAAAUCUGUGGACCCAACAAUUACUACUCGAUCUAUUUCCUCCUCUUGGAAGCAUAUAGGCUUGUGGCACAUGGAACUCAGAGUGAUGUCGAUGAAAUCUGCAAGAGGGUUGAGGAGAGGCUCCGGGAGCUUAAAGAGGCCCAUGGAAAGAUCGACUCAUGGCGGGUUGGCCUUGGGUAUCGCCGUCUGGGCCGACAACAAUUUAUCAAGGGACGUUAUGCGGACGCCCGACGCAGCUAUAACACAGCAUUCAGAUACGUCCGCAAUGAUCCACAGCUGUCCAAUGCGGUCUUGAUUGAGAUCUGCGAACGGCAAGUCAGCAUGGCCAAACACAUGCAUGACGAAGAGGACGAGAUACUGUGGAGUGAAAUGUUGGCAAGACUGGAACAGCAGACAAAGGCACAACCUGAUGCUGACUUGAUACAACGCUCGGCGACAUUCAGCCACAGCGCGGGUGAUGCUCAGACCAACACCGAGCGAGCACUUAUCGCUGCCAGCCCGAAACGAGCAAUGACUUUAUGAUUUUAUGAUGGGAUUAUGAAACACCUCCGCCCCUGGAAAGUGGCCCUUUGGAUUUAUCUGAACUAUUGAAUAGCAUGGCAAACUGUAACAUUAGCAAGGCGUUGGUGGGUAAUUAGCGAUACCAGUCGUGAGGGACCUGAGUUGCCCUUUGAACUUCUCGUAUCAUUCAGGUUUCUGUACGAUAUGAAGUCCAUUGAAUAGUAUGGUAUUUGAUUGUUUCAGACGUUUGCAGAUCUAC